ACCAGCAGCAGCUGCAGCAACGAGAUAGAGCCGUUGUGUGGAGGAGAGUCCACGAUGUGUGCUGUGGUGCGAUCGGCAACUUGAGCUGUUACUUGUUCUUCGGAAUCAGUGAUUGGACUCCAGAGUGUCUCGAGUGAAAGUCCACUGAUGUCAUCGUCGAUGAACUUCAUCACUAACUUACUAUCACUCGUAUUCCCAAUGGUAUUUUCGCCGCCGACUCCGUUGUCGUCGUUGUAAGCACGACGGACAGAAUGUUCUCAAAUUCGAGUGCCGUUCGAUGGAGAAACGAGCUCACUUAGAGAAGAUACUAUGAAACUCGGUUUCCAAAAGAAGCGUGGGCUCUGUACGCUUCUGUUAAUCCUCUGUUGCAAUUCGAGCUGGAGUCUGAAUCCGAGGCGAGGCGACCCCUCUCGGCAGACAGACCACUUCUGUCUGCGUGAGGAGUUUCAUCAACUCUGGAAUCCACCGGUGACGAACGUCUGUUGUAUAUACGACUUUGUAGAUAAACGAGAAAUAGAGAAGGAGUCGGAGCAGAUUGAUGCGGCCCUCCAGCGAAAUAGUGAGAUGAACGUCAGUGUAGUGAGAAGUUUAGAAACAAAGAAUGACGUCCCUGUCAGCCAGUCUGACGACGCGGUUGUGACCCAAGUCGAAUCGACUACUUGA